UGUGGGGGAAACAUGGGUACGAGGUCCAGGGCUGGCUAAGGUCAUUGAGAACAUGGUAGAGAACCUGGAUGGCCGACUACACGAGACAAAAGCAUUUGACCAUGGCAUUCCAGCUGAAUCCAAUGGCCAAUAUUCGUGGUCCUUCUCUUGUGUAUGUGUGUGUAACUGACGUGAUCGACAACCAUGAAUUCUCCGACAGAUGAAAAGAUGGUGUGCACCACGCCGAUGGACCGAUCCGUCAUGGCGUCCGAGGACAAGCUAGAAUGGGAUGGCGAUGAGGAACGUAAAGCCAAAAGGAAAAUCGACAUGACUGUGUUACCGCUCCUUGUCUUGGGUCUGCUCAUGUUCCAGCUGGACCGCAUGAACCUAGCUUCCGCACUUACAGCCGGCUUCGCGAGGGAUAUCAACGUCAGUCAAGAUACCAUCAAUCUGGGAAACCAGCUGAUGUUCAUGGGCACCGUUGUCUUGGAAAUUCCAUGUAACUUGCUCCUACAAAAGUUUGGUCCCCGGAAAUGGAUCUCCUUACAAGUCCUCCUCUUCGGCACCGUCGCCACGCUACAGGUCCUCGUCAAGAACCGCGCCGGCUUCCUCGCCAUCCGCCUCAUGCUCGGCCUCGCUGAGGCGGGAUACAUACCCGGAUCAAUGUACACCCUGUCAAACUGGUACCCAAAACACGAGCUGGCGAAGCGCAUAGCGGUUUUCAUGUUUGGGCAGUUUGGCGGCAACGCCGUGAGUCCACUGCUUGCCUCUGGGAUACUGAAGUUGGCGGGGACGGGUGGGUUGACGGGUUGGCAAUGGCUUUUCUUAAUCGAGGGCCUGGCAACCCUAGUCAUUGCCAUGAUGCUCAUCUUUCUCCUCCCCGGAUCCCCCGACACGCCGAAACCCCUAGGAAGCCCAGGCCUGGUUCGAUUCUCGACAAGACAACAGCAGACCCUCCAACAAAGAAUUCAAAUCGAUGAGCCCGGGAAGAGCGAUGGAGUACACGGUAUCGAAAUCCCCUGGGCCCUCGUGUGGAAGACAAUAAAGCACUACAAGAGAUGGCCGCACUACGUAUCCACCUUUUGCGUCUUCUCGACGUGGUCGCCGCUAACGACAUACACCCCUUCCAUAAUAAUGGCCCUCGGUUUCGACCGCAUCAGCGCCAACGCCCUAGCCGCGGUCGGCGCGUCUCUCGCCAUGGUCGUCGUCUUUGCCUUUGCCAUGCUGAGUGAUCGAUCGAAUAAGAGAGGGUCGACGGUUUUGUUGGGACAUGUGUGCUACCUAGUCGUACUCGUGGUGGCUCGGACCGUGCAUCCGCAUGUUGGGAAGUGGCCGAGGUGGGGGUUGUGGACGGCCAUCAACGCCUUUGCUGUCUGCUACCACCCGGCGCAUAAUACGUGGUUGCAGGUUAACUGCCGUGACCCCAGAGAACGGAGCAUUGGAAUCGCAAUGUGGGUGAUGUCUGCCAUUAGUGGCUUGAUGGUGGGAUCACAGUAUUUCAGGGGUAACGAUCUGCCUUUGUAAGUUUUCUUCCCGCCAUUUUUCCACAGCCUUUUACCUGACUAGAUUUUAGCUACGAUAAAGGCCUUUUGACAAUGAUCAUUAUGGUCUCGGUCGGUAUGGCGUUUGCUUUAUUGCAGGAGGCCGUUUAUAUGUUGCAUAACAGGCGUGUGGCGCAAGGCAAACACCGACCCAAGGACGGGUCUGAGCCGUAUAUUUACGUUCUUUGAAUCGAUCGAUCAAGCAUAAGCGGCGUUUGACUAUGAGUGAUGGACUUGAUAUGAUGAAAAUUAGAAAAAGGAGUACGGUACUAGGUAGUUAUUUGGAGAGUUGGGGAUAGAGACGAGGAGCUGAAUGGCGAUAGGCUUGCGGCUCAGAACAUAGACAAAAUAAAGAAUGCCCCACGAUUAUAGAAAAAUCUAUG